CCUUGCUCGAACGCUGCGGCGGCCCAGGGGAGCGGCGGCCGGGACGCCGCCGGGCGGGUCUUUGCUCAAAUAUCACUUUUUCAGUCGCCUUCCCUGACAGCUCUCUCUAAAAGAGCACUGAGUUGGCUCAACCCCUUAUCCUGUUUGGAUUUUCUCCAUAGUCACUUCCCAACUAGGAUGCAUGGGUUGGAAUCGGAGCCUGAACCCGGACCUGACAACAACCAGCAUCAUGUGGUUACUAAUUUUAACUGCUCUUCAUUCACCUAUUGAUGCCUCCCAGAAAAAAACGCCGCCAGCCUUCCCAGAAAGCCCAGCUGCUAUUCCAAGAACCACCACUGGAGGGCCCCAAACACCAUUAUGGCUCUCCCCAGCUUACCAUCACCCACACUAGACAGGUGCCCAGCAAGCCCAUUGACCAUAACACCGUCACUUCCUGGGUAUCACCUCAGUUUGAUAUGACAGCAGAAAGCUGGUUCCCGGUGAACCAGAAAUGUCAUCAUCGAAACCAGGCAAGACAUGCAAGUCGAAAAUCUACCACCUCCAAGUUCCCACAUCUAACAUUUGACAGUCCACUGUUUUCCUCUUGUUCAGCCACGCUUGGGAUCCCCUUAAGCAGGGAAUGCCCCGGUCAAUCAGAAAAGCAAAUUUCCGGAAGGCCCUUAGUUCCAAUGCUCAGUCCUCAAAGCUGUGGGGAAGUGUCAGCACAUGCGCUUCAGAACUUACCUUAUGUAUUCAUUCCCCCUGAUAUCCAGACCCCAGAGUCAUCGUUUGUGAAGGAGGGGCCUGUUCCCCCAGGUCAGAGGGAAAGUAGCCUUCCGAGCUGCUCCUUCCAUGCUAGUACUCCCAAGAGCCCAGAGCCUGGGCCUGUUCUAGUUAAAGACACUCCUGAGGAGAAGUAUGGGAUCAAGGUCACAUGGAGGAAACGACGCCACUUGUUUACUUACCUCAGGGAGAGAGGGAAGCUGAACAAAAACCAGUUCCUUGUGAAAAACUCACUGGAUUUCUCCGGCACCAGCAGUCUCAAGAAAUUUUCAUAAAGUUGCUAAAGUACUUUUCUGGUUCACAGGAGAGUACAUCAGGAGAAUAAAAUGGAAAUAGUACCAAUAACCUCAGUAGAAAAAAAGAUGUUUUAACCAGAACCUUGGAGUCGUAAGGGAAUUCAGUUCCCAGAUUUGCUUUUUAAGAUGUCUUUUCCUAAAAAGUUUUUAGUGUCAUAAACAGUUCAUAUUUUUCUUAACAUUAACUGUCUAACAUUUUAAAGUAUCUUGUAGUAACUAUUUAAAAUGUAUGUA